UCGACUGCGGUUAGCGAUGAUCGAUGGUAUCGCGUUGGAAGUUGGAAGUGGCUCGCUUCUCGAGUCUCUUGACGUGACGGACGUUUAGGAAACGUCGCGAAUUAUCCGGCUGUGACGUGAGGUUUUCCAGGGUUCGAUCAUGGCAUGGUAACGGCAGAACCACGCGAGAUGAGCAGAAUUACGAGGUCCACGGGCCCGUGCAGGAGCGGCCUGUACGUCGUCGAGAGCGAACUGUGCCUCCUGGUGACGGCGAUGCGACGAGGUGCCCGAUGGUCGUCGCAUUCUCACCAGGACGACGACCAGGACACUCUUGUGAAGGGCUUGAACACCUUGAAGGAGGUAUUGAACGAACCGCGAGACCUGUCUCAAUUGGAGCCUGCGGUUUUUCUCACGCCCUUCUUGGAGAUCAUAAGAUCGGAGGAAACUACAGGGCCCGUGACCAGUCUGGCUCUGUCUGCUGUGAAUAAAAUAAUUUCUUAUGGCCUUGUGGAUCCCAACCACCCUGCCAUAGCGUCUUGUGUGGAAUCCAUAGCAGAUGCUGUUACUCAUGCCAGGUUUGUAGGCACUGACGCAUCCGGCGACGGUGUGGUCCUUAUGAGGAUUCUACAGGUACUGAGGGCUCUCAUGCUGUCACCUGCCGGUGAUCAUCUCUCCAAUGAAAGUAUAUGCGAAAUUAUGCUGAGCUGUUUUAGGAUAUGUUUUGAAACACGCCUUAGUGAAAUACUUCGGAGAACGGCGGAACAUUGCCUGAGAGACAUGGUUCAACAUUUGUUUACUAGAUUACCGCAGUUUGUCGACGAUACCCGAGUUUUGCCAAAUAUGAAGAAAAUGAGGACAAACAGCAUGGAAAACACUCGUAGCAAAAACAGGAAACAUAAAAGCUAUGCGAAACAAAAGGUAAAAUCCGCCACGGAUGAGGUCGAUGAGAAGGAGUCGCAUAUUUUCAGCUCGGUCGACAAAAUUCGACCGGGACGCUUGGCUACCACGCCAGUCUCACCAGUCGGGAAUAUCGUCGACAUGCAGGGAUCGCUCGAUCAUGGGAGUGUUGAUAAAAACGAAGACGAGAAGAGCGAAAACAAGAUUAAUAAUAAAAAAGACGGUAAUAAAGAUGGCAACGAAUGUAACAAAGCUCCGGAUAAUCAGGAGAUAAAUAAGAAAGAGGAAAAGGAGGAUAAAAAUGAGAAAGAUAAUAAAGAUGAAAGCAACAAAGACGUCAAGAAUGAAACAACCGAAGGUAACAACACUGAAAACAUCGAUACUGAAGGCAAAAUUGCAUCUGGAGUGGAUGCUAAAAGUUCAGAGAAGGAAAAUGCAGUUGAUCAAAAGAGCACACCAGACGAAACAUGCGAACCUUCUGCUAAACAAUCAGUAACAACGGAAAGCCAAGGUGACGAAGAAAAGAGCAUCGAGUUGGCACAAUCCCCGACUAGCAGCGUGGAAGAUCUGUCAGUGGACGACAGCGUGUCCAAAAAGUCCAGAGUGAGGGAGCCCGAGCAGAUGGAGGAAUAUGUGAAUAGUCAGGGUGUCCGAUUUAUUCCACUGCAACAGCGCGCGCCAUACGGCGCAUUGUGCGUGCGCGAGCUGUUUCGAUUUCUCAUUUCCCUGUGCAGUCCUCUCGACAAGCAGAAUAACGAAAUUAUGACCCACUUGGGUCUCAGUUUGCUUCAAGUAGCGUUGGAAAUUGCCGCGGACGCGCUCGCCAAUUUCUCAUCUUUACUUGCCCUGGUCAAGGAUGAUCUAUGCAGAAAUCUUAUCUUGCUGCUAGGGACAGACAGAUUGAUGAUCCUCGCUGUAAAUCUUCAAGUGUCAUUUCUAUUGUUUGAAUCGCAAAGGGAACACUUGAAAUUCCAAGUGGAGUACUAUUUAACCAAGUUAAUGGAAAUAGUCAGCUCAGAGUCCAAUAGGAUAUCGUAUGAGCAACGGGAACUCGCACUUGAGGCUAUAGUAAGAUUGUGGAGAAUACCAGGUUUGCCUGCCGAGUUAUAUUUAAAUUACGAUUGCGGGCUUUAUUCCACAAACCUGUACGAGGAACUUAUGAAAAUGUUUUCUAAGAACGUUUCCAUACCGAUGACCGCUGGCAUGCACAGUAUGCAAUUGAUAUCGUUGGACGCCAUAAUAAUGCUGAUUACCGGCAUGGAGAUCUGCUGCAAAGGCUGCAAGGAACUGUGCAAGCCGUCGCGUCACGAAGCGUCGUCGACUCUUCCCACGCGUGAAGAUUUACUUGCCAUUAAAUCAAACAAACGAUGGCUGGUCCUCGGUACGGAAAAGUUUAACGAAAACCCACGGGAGGGUAUCGCGAAGCUCACGGAACACGGUCUCCUCGGCGGCACUCCCGGUCAUUCGGAUCCAGAGAACGUGGCGAAGUUGCUGAGAGAGAAUCCGGGUCUGGACAAGAAAGCGAUCGGCGAGUACAUCAGCAAGAAGGAGAACAAGAACAUUCUCAAUUACUUCGUGCACAAUUUCGACCUGAGGAAUACCCGGAUCGAUCAGGCGCUGCGACUUUACCUGGAAUCGUUCAGGUUACCCGGGGAGGCGCCCCUUAUAUCUCUCUUGCUCGAGAAGUUCGCUGAGCAUUGGCACGAAAGCAACGGUAGACCGUUCGCUUCGGCCGAUGCCGCCUUCACGUUAGCCUAUGCGGUGAUUAUGUUGAACGUUGAUCAACAUAAUUAUAACGUAAAGAGGCAAAAUAAUCCUAUGACUGCCGAGGAGUUCAAGAGAAACUUGAAGAAAGUUAACGGAGAUGCCGAUUUUGAUCAGGACAUGCUUGACGAAAUCUAUACGUCGAUCAAGGGAGAAGAAAUCGUAAUGCCAGCUGAACAAACCGGGCUAGUCAAAGAUAAUUAUUUAUGGAAAGUUUUAUUAAGGAGAGGUUCCGGUCCUGAAAGCGUGUACUUGAAAGUGGGCAAUUCCGGGGAAUUUAUAGACAGAGAUUUAGCCGAGCACGCGUGGGGUCCUAUCGUGAGCGCUCUUUGUCGGGCGUAUGAUAAAACGCAGGAUAGAUCGUUGCAGCGUAAAGUGGCUCAAGCAUUUCUCAGUUGCGCGGCAAUCAGCGCUCAUCACGGCAUGUGCGGUGAUUUAGACACUCUCAUAGUGAGUCUGUGCAAGUUCACGGGUUUGAUAAUCGGCGGGAAGCCCGAGCAGGUGGUUCUACACCUCGGUGGAAGCAUGAAAUCGCAAUUGGCAACUCGCACCCUCUUCAAGAUCACGCACCUACAUGGAGAUGCUUUGAGGGCAUCGUGGAAGAAUAUUAUCGAUUGCCUGCAGUCGCUCUACGAGGCAAGAUUGCUGCCGAAAAAUCUGACGGAGGUGGAGGACUUUAUCGAUCCGUCCGGCAAGAUAUCUCUGCUUCGAGAACCGACCACACCCAAAGCUUCACCAGGCGAUCAAGGAAUAUUCUCCACCUUUUACUCUUAUAUCGCCAUGGACACGUCGCGUGUACCGCAUCCCGCUGAGGCUACUGCGCGCAAAAAGGCCAUAGAAUUUAUCGCCAAUUGCUAUCUCAAAGCUAUCAUCGAGGAGAGCAAGUUCUUUCAGAGCGAGUCGCUGAAUUCUCUCGUGGGUGCUCUAGUGUCAGUGAAUCCCAAUGACGAGGAUAUUUCAAUAUUUCUGUUGGAGCUGCUGCUGGAAGUGACUAUACAGAAUCGCGACAGGGUGACAUGCAUCUGGCCGGUGGUCCAGGGUCAUUUGGACCGUCUAUUAACGCUAGCAGCACGAGAGAAUCAUCCCUAUCUUCUCGAGAGGGUAGCUGUCGGUAUGCUGAGACUGGCCAUUAGGCUCUUGCGCGGGGAGGAGUUUGCAUGUCUAUCUCCUCUGUUGCCACUAACUCAUCUGCCAUCUGCGACAACCGCGCCGUUGGCCCGGCAGAUCGCAUACGGCCUGUUUGAGCUCCUGAAGACGGGCGCGGCGAAUAUUCACAGCGCGGAAGAUUGGAAAGUGGUGUUCAGUCUGUUGGAGUGUGCGGGUGCCGGCGCGUUGGCGCCCAAACGAUCCAACACUGUGCUCGAUGAAACGACGAACGCCCGAGCAUCAGUCUUAGAUCCAAGACCCAUCAGUCCUGUGCCAGAGUGGGUGCUGGUGUCGCCGACCGGCACCGAGGCGCCGCUUCCAGUCGCAGCCGACACGAUCGUAUUGGUACGCGAUCUUCAGCUGCACGACCCGGCGGCGUUCGUCAAGUGCUGCGACAGCUUAAACUUCCUGGUGCGCGACAUGGCGCACGUGACGCCCUUCAAUUUCGAUCUGUGCGUCAACUGCGUGAGAACAUUCGCGGAGGCGAUGCUGCAGUGCGCGGGCAAACGUAGCAGAGUAUGCAACUCGGCGGAGGAGUCGCCCGCGUAUCAACAGAGUCCCGUGCAGCUGUUGAAUCUGAUGCAUACGUUGCAUACCAGAAUCGCUCAGGUAUUCCGAUGGUGGGCGGAAGAAGGCAGCAUCGAUGAUGGCAUAUCUCUGUGGCCGCAGGCCUGGCGGCCACUUCUGCAAGGUAUCGCGCGACUCUGCUGUGACUCCCGCAGGCCGGUACGUACCGCGGCAAUCACGUAUUUGCAAAGCACUCUGUUGGCGCAUGACUUGGCGCAAUUGUCCGCGAUAGAGUGGUCACAGUGCUUGGAAGAGGUGCUGUUUCCGCUACUGGCGCAACUGCUGGGCCCGAUCGCGACGAACGACCCUAUUGGCGUCGAGGAGACGAGAGUCAGGGCCGCGAUGUUGCUCUCCAAGGUAUUCCUGCAUCAUCUGACACCGCUGCUGACAUUGCCCGGUUUCUUACCGCUGUGGCUGACGGUAUUGGAACUCUUGCGUGCAUACAUGCAUGCUGACAAUAGUGAAUUGUUGUUCGAGGCGAUUCCUGAAUCGCUAAAGAACAUGCUAUUGGUAAUGUCAUCGGCCAACGUUCUGGCGCCAACUUCUAAUCUCUGGGCGCCCACGUGGCGAGCAAUCGACACAUUCCUACCGAACCUGAGGAAUGAACUUUUCCCGGAACCACCGGUAUUGCCAUCACCGCAACCGCUACCGCCGCAACAGCCGCAGGUUAUCAGCUUGGUCGGCCAACAGCAGCUUCCGCCGUCCUUUCCAGGAUCAAUAGCACCCCCACAACCGGAAAAUAAUCCACCUUCGGCUGAAAUCGAACGCUCCGAUGAGACUAGCGCGGACGUGACAAUUGCAGCGCAACCUGUGGAUAUUCUCAAUCCCUCAAUCGCGCAAUCUGGCGGGAUCCCGGUCCCAGUGCCGCUUCCCACGUUGAUGUACAAUACCGAGGGCAAAGAGUCGCAGCAAGUGAUCACUCUGGUCAGUCAACCACCACCCAGCGUGUCGAGUCCCGUUGCGGUACAACCCGCGGCUCAGAGUAUCUUUGAUAUUUACCACAGAGCAAAUUCACCAGUGGACAAACCGUACGAGAGAGAACAACAGCAGCAGCAACAACAGCAAGUUUUACCUAGCGAAGAAGAGUGUGGCAGAUCAACGCAAAACGGAAUGCAAGGCGUAACCGACGAAAAUCACGUCGCUAUGAGGAAAUACGAGGAAUGGAGACAACAGCAGCAGCAACAAAUACUGAUGCAGCAGCAGUGCAUCCAACAACAAUGUAUGCAGCAGCAUGCGCCAAUAUCGUACGGACAGGUGGCACAGUAUCAGCACUCGCCAACGGAAAAUCCUUCCUACCGCGCGGAUCCACCUGAGACGAUGACAGUAGAUCCUACGCCAGCAACGACGUUUAACUCCGCGGCGUAUUUUAGCGAGGAUCCGGCGGCGGAUCUCCUCUUCGUCGUCACUAAUCCUUGACCACUGUACAUUUUCUAUGUAAAUUGUAUUAUAUAAAAAUAUUUCUACGAUGCGCGCGAUUAUGUUUUGCGUAGAGAAAGUGCAAUCAAGAAUCAGCUUUACGUUAUGAUUACGUGAGGAGGAACGAGCAUAGAGAGAUGCGGAGUCGUUGUAUAUCUUUGGUUUGUAUAUUUGGCACUCAUUAUAUACAGAUAAUAUAUAUAUAUAUAUAUAUAUAUAUAUAUUAUAUGCGUGUUCCACGCGCUCACAUUAUUGUUAAGAUCAUCACGCGUUGCAUAAUCUCAACAAUAAGUGACGGCAUAAUAUAGUCCUCGCCUUCACUCUUAGCACUCAAUAUGUGUUGUACUUUCGUUGUAUAAACCUCUUUGCAUCUUUUACGAGCGGAAGGUGCUCCUCGACUGCGAACGACAGCCAAAUACCAGCCAAACUUUCUCGACCGAUCAGAGUUGCCGUUGGUGUUUUUUAUCGGCGUGCGUUGCGUGUGUUGUCCUUUACAACAACCCGUAGAACAACCCGAACCAAACAAAUUCUCACUAUUCCUUCCUCUUAAACGUUUAGCGCACCAGGUAAGAGACUCUACUCUUUCACUGUUAAUCUCCAUAUACAUAGUCGCAUGCGUUAGACUGGUACAUGUUCGAUGCGAUCGUAGAGAGAAUACCAAAUUGAUCAAAAUUCGAGAAACGCUUGUAACAGGAGAUCGAGACUGCUGCGACCUCGAAGAGUUCAAUUUGCGACGCUGAGAAACAACUGUCUUAAUCACUAAUCAGCACGUUUCGGAUGACGGAGCACUCGCACGUGUCGAAAUUUCAGAGAUACGUCGCAAACCGAACUCCAUCGGCGAAGUUCUGGCCGGUUUCGAUCUCCGUUCGUGACUCAGACUUUUAAUGACAAUUCGAAUGUUUCUGCAAUUACGUAUAUAGCAAUUUAAUCUGUACAUAUGCAAAUAAUAUAUUGAAUAAUAAGAGAUUUA